GUCAUGGCCGACCAGUCUGUUAGGAUGGUGACAGCCAUCGUGUUGCACAGUGUCUUCUUCCCCUCAGAUGCGUUUGCUGAUUGUGAUAAGAAUCCAGAUCUAUUUAUCACUGCAAAAAAAGAGAUGGAAGCACUUACUGGAUCUUGUUUGCAAAUUCCAUGUAACUUCAGAGUUAAACAAGGACUGGAAUUCAACAGCAAAACAACAACCUUUGGAGUGUGGAUUAAAAACGACUCUCGCUUUGGCCUUUAUCCCAAUAAUGUGAUUUUCAACAGUAGUGGGACAGUUUCCACAUAUCCGAUGAGUUCUACUGGAGACUUGAGUCAGAAAAACUGCUCCACUUUAUUUUCCAGUUUAAAGACAACAUACACAGACACAUACUACUUCAGGGUUGAGAACCGGCCAUUUCUAUCAACCGCUUCAUGUGAUGUUCUUAAAAUAAGAGUUGAAGAUUCUCCCCCAAAGCCCAGGAUUGAGAUCUCAGGUGAUGUGAAGGAGAAGGAGUCUGUCUCUAUCAGCUGCUCAGCUUCCACUCCCUGUCCACACUCUCCUCCUCAACUCACCUGGAACCUCCAACCAGACUCUCACCACAUGAUGGAGGAAAACACAGAUCGAACCUUCACAACUAGAAUCCAGAAGAGCAUCACUCUGUCACAUGAACAUGAUGGAUUCAUCAUCAGCUGUUCUGCCAGAUAUCCUGUGAAUGAAGGAAAAGAUGUAAAGACGUCAGAGGAGAGAAAGACUCUCAGUGUUUCAUAUGCUCCCAAGAACACCUCGGUGUCCAUCAGUCCAUCAUGUUGGGUGUCAGCAGGUAGCCGGGUGAACCUGACCUGCUCCAGCAGAGCCAAACCUCCUGUGAGCCGCUUCACCUGGUUCAAGACCAGCAGAGAUGCACCAAUCAAAGUAUCUGAAGGAGACUUUUACAGCUUCAAUGUCACUGAUGGAGGAGUUUAUUACUGUGUGGCCACCAAUCAGCUUGGUGAUCAAACAUCCUCAGAGGUCCAUCUGACUGUAGAAGGUCAGGACUCUGGCUGGGCCAUUCUUGGAGGAAUUAUUGGGAUCAUCGUGCUCAUCGGCCUGGUUGUCUUUGUUUGGCGUUUGAAGUCUCCACAUCCAACUGCACAUCAGAGUCAGAAUCAGACUUUUGAAGAGACAGUGACAACAGAAGAAGGAGACGUCCACUAUGGAGAGAUUAACUUCUCGAGGCUCAGAUCUGGACCGUCCUCGGUCUCGGAGCAGAAUGGUGGACAGCAGGAGGACACGCUGUAUGCGCAGGUCAAAGUGUCCAAGGCAGCAGACAACGUCACACGGACUGCUGACGUCCCAGAGGAUCUCUACGCUCAAGUGAAGAGAAAAUGAGCCGUUUCUUGUGGUCACAUUUGGGUUUUAUUGUUAAGAUGCUUUUUACAGAUGGUGGGGACGAGUCCGCCUACAGGUGGGAGUCUGACCAUCUGGUGUCAUGGUGCAGCCAGAACAACCUUGAGCUCAAUGCUGUAGUGGAGAUGGUUGUGGAUUUCAGGAAGAACAAAGUCCCACCCUCCCCCUUCACCACUGUGGUUUCCUGGGCUCCAUCAUCACCCAGGACCUCAAGUGGGACCUGAACAUCAGCUCCAUCACAAAGAAGGCUCAGCAGAGGUUGUUCUUCCUGAGGCAGCUGAAGAAAUUCAACGUGAUGGUGAGAGAGUGAUCGGCUGCAAUCUGCCGUCCCUCCUGGACUUCUUCGCCUCCGGGACCCUGAAGAGAGUUUAAAAGAUCGUAGCCGACCCCUCUCACCCCAGACAAAAACUGAGGUCCAUCAGGACUAAGACCUCCCUCCACACAAACAGUUUCUUCCCGUCGGCAGUCAGGCUCAUCAACAGAGCCCAGUCCCCCACUGACUGAGUCUGACAUUCCACUGGUCACUUUCUUUCUCACUGCACACGUCAAUUUCCCUUGUCACUUUUCAAUUUUUAACUUUAACUUGUAUUCCUUUAUUUUUUAACUAACCCAUAGCCUUAUAUUUUAAUUUAUUCCUUGUGUGAGCUUGUCUUGUCGUCCUGUCUGCUGUUACGCACCAACCGCCAAGUCAAAUUCGUUGUAUGUCUGACAUAUUAUGGCAAUAAAUGUUUACUGAUUUCUGACUUCAAACCUCCACACCCUGCAGCUUAGGUGGUUCAGCAAUAUUUUAAUACAUUUUACACCUUAAGGUCUGUUCAUCAGACCAGUACAAAAAACGUCCCACGGCUCUAAACAAAGAAGUAUUCUAACAAACGCCGCUGUUCAUAUAUCAUGUGCUAUUAUCAUUUAUAGAGCUAUUUUUUUUAAUACAUCUUUUGCAUCAACCACGUUUUAUUGUACUAUUUCACAGUGAUGGCAAAGUGAAGCUUUCCAGCCAAUUGUAUGGGAAAAAGGUUCAUUCAUUCAUUCAUCGCAAACUACGAUGACCUCUGCUGUUGAAAACCUAUAGUGCAUAUGUAUCGAAUAGCCUACCAGUAUAUUUUGGCCCAGUCUCUGUGGGUUGAACAUGAUUAUGAAAAGUUGAACCAAUAAAUCAUCUAAUACAUGGAUUCAUGAAUCAUGAUUCAUUCUAUAUGAAUAAAACU